AUGCGUGCGAGCUCGUGCGCGCGCGCGGUGGCGCUCGCGACGCCGACGCCGCGCCGAGCGCGAUGCGCGCGCGGACGACGCGUCGCGCGAUCGGCGCUGGAGACGGGUAAGCCCGAGACGAGAGAUCGAGACGCCAAGCGCGCCAAGGAGGCGCUGAAACGCGAAGAGGCGGAUGACGAGGCGCUGCGCGUCAGGGACGUCGUCGACGGCGUCGGCGCGGUGGUCUUCAAGCACGAGAAUCGACGGACGUUUGAGGUGGAAUACGGUGCGAAGAAGGGUUCGAGUGAAAAUGCGUACGUGAUCGAGGGCGGCGAGGCGUCGAUGUUGGUGGACACGCCGGACGGGACGCACGCGCGAAAUUACGCGGCGGCGAUCGGGACGUUCGGGGCGAGCGCGAGAGACGCGGCGUAUCACGCGAUGUUACACGUCGCGCCGCGGCGGUUGGACGCGCUUGCGGCGGCGAUUGCGAAUCGAGGACCGGAGGCGGCACCUGUGGAGGUUUUGUGCACGAAUCCUGGAGCGCAGUUGAUUCAGCAGGCGUUGAAGGCUGAGUCGCCGCUGGCGAACGAGCGAUUGAUCGAGGCUUGGAAGAACGACAAGGGGAAGUUGCGCGCGCGAUUGCGCGUGGUGCGAAAUGGGGAAAGUAUCGAUCUCGGAGGACGUACCGUGCGAUUCACGCUCGCGCCGACGCCACGAUGGCCCGAUUUGAUGUUCGUUCGGGACGAGAAGACGCAGGCGCUCUUUACGUCUAAGUUUUUCAGCGCGCACACGGGACAGGCGCCGGGAUUGACGGAUGAGGGCGGGUUCGAGGCGUUCGGGGAGGAUUGGAGAUUUUACUUCGAUUGUUUGCUCGCGCCCAUGUCCAGGCAAGUGGAUCCUCUCCUGGCGCGUCUGCCGCUCAAGGAGGAGCAGCUCGCUAAGGCAAGCGCGCCCGUGAUGAAGGAUAAGAGAAACAUGUUCGAGCGCAUGUUGAGCGUAAAAAAGCGCGAAGAGCCGGUAGGAGCCGAGAUCGACCUCUAUGAAGGCUUGGCGAGCGCAAUUUUCCCCUCGCACGGACCGAUGGUUCUCUCGUCCGUCACGGAGCUGUAUCGCGAGUACAAAGAGUGGGCCGCAAAGGCCGAGGCCUCGGCGGAGUCCGCGUCGGUGGCCAUCAUCUACGCGAGUGCGUACGGGAAUACGGGUGCGAUGGCUCAGGCCAUCGCGCGCGGCGUCGCCAAGACGGGCAUACGUGCCGAGAUGUUCAACUGCGAACUCGCGUCUCCGUCCGACGUCAGAGAAGUACUCAAACGCAGCGCCGGCUUCGCACUGGGCGCGCCAACGCUCGGUGGGACGCUUCCGACUCCGGUUCAAACCGCUCUCGGGGAGAUCGUCAAGGAUGGCGAUCUGGAGAAGCCGUGCGGCGCAUUUGGUUCGUUCGGCUGGUCUGGUGAGGCGGUUGGCAUGAUUGCCGACCGUCUCAAGGAUGCAGGAUUCAAGUCCGCGUUCGAACCGUUGAGAUGCAAGUUCAAACCGACGAGUGAGACGCUUCAGCUAUGUGAGGAGAGCGGGACGGAUCUAGCGCAGGCAGUUCGGCAGAAGGCGCGUCGUAAACAAGUGCUUGAUCGGAAGUUGUCCCCGACGUCCUUCGCCGCCGGCAAUGAUGUCGACGCCGCCGUCGGUCGCAUCGUCGGUUCGCUUUGCGCCGUCACGACGAAGAAGGACGAAACUCAGAGCGCCAUGCUCGCGUCUUGGGUAUCGCAGGCGAGCUUCAACCCUCCCGCGAUCACGGUAGCCGUGGCCAAGGAUCGCGCUGUGGAGAGCUUCCUCAUGACGGGCGGCAAGUUCAACCUCAACGUCCUCAAGGACGGCGACGAAAAACAAGUCGUCAAGGCUCUACUCAAGCCCUUCGCCCCAGGAGAGAACCGUUUUGGCGAUCUUGACGUGGACAUCUCCGAAAAUAACGGCUGCGCCGUCGUCAAGCGCGCCCUGGCGUGCGUUGAGUGCUCUGUAGUCAGGCGCAUGGAAGCCGGCGACCACUGGGUCGUGCUCGCCGAGGUCGAGACCGGCACCCUCCUCGACGCCGACGGCCUCACGUGCAUUCAUCAUCGCAAGACUGGGGUUUCUUACUAG